GCUUCCUGCCAAGCGGUUCGCGGUUCGCUCUAGCAUUGGAAAAUUCUAAUAAUCGCAAUAAUUUAAAGCCUUCGAAAAAAGAACAAAGAACUUUAUUAAUCGCACAACGUGUGCUUGUGUGUGUGAUUGUGACAGCGUAAAGAGUCCAUGAUCGAGAGAAAGUAAUAUUUUGUUAAAUGAGAAAAACAAUAAAUAACGGAAUAAAACAAAAAAGUCAAGUAAUAUACUUGUAUUUGAAAUAUUUAGUAAAGUUUUUGAGCAAAAUACAUACAUACACCUUCGGAAAAUGACGAAAGUCACCGUCGCAGUCGAACGUGAGAGCUCUGUCGCGCGUUUCUCGAGGUGAUGCUAAAAAUAAACCCAUUUGUACUAGAACAAACAAUCCAGAAUAAGAUAAAUUUAAAAGUGUGCAAAUACCCCAAUAAAAGUGUCAAACAGAAGCAAUAAGUAUAUAAUUUACAAACGAGAUUCAUAGUAUAACAUACGGUAAAAGCAUAACGGUUUGUUUAGUGAAAUAAUUCGAAGAAAGUCAGUUCAUUCGACACUACACCAUGCCGCUCUACACAGAUCAGGGCUAUUAUUAUAGCGGCGGUAGCAGUCAACUCUAUGCCCCUUACUACACGCCGGGCCUGUAUGGCACUAGCUCUUCGAGCAGUUCUUACGCUCCGUACUCCUCCACCUACAAUCGCACGUUUGGUGGUAGCUAUACACUGCCUUUGACGCCGCCGCGGUCUCCGACAUACACUUCAACACACAGCCUGGCAUCCCGGUAUCAGCCGAAGUUGUCAACCAUCACCGAGACUUCUCCCCUCAUUAGUUCCAGACACGGAGGCAUUUUACCGUUAACACGAAUACAAUCCCCGAAAAUUUCGCCCUACACAGCCACCUCGGCAACCACUACAAAAUAUGUACCACCACGCCCGAUACCCAUCAAUACGGCAGAUAUUGAUGUAUCUUCAAAGCGAUAUCCGCACCACAGAGAUGUUCUUGAGAAAGAGAAACAUGAUAAGCAGGAUAAUGAAAUUAAGCGUAAAAGUAAAGAGAAUAAUAAGAAAGAGAGUAACGAGGAAACAAAGGAGAAGGAGGGCAAAAGUCAAGAGCAUAAGGGAAGGUCAUCCACUAUUAAAAGAGACCGUCCUGUAGUUCGUUUGUCCACAAUUCGCUCACGUAGUAAAGACCGCAAUCGUAAUACAAAGUCCACGUCUUCGGGUACUGACGAAUCCCCUGAACCGAAAUCCAAAAUGUUCAAAGAUCUUCCCACAAUAGAGCCGUUGCACCCAACUGAAACACAUGUUACUUGGCGUCAGAAGUUGGCUGAAGAAUUGGCCACAGUGCCUACAAACAAUUCAAAAAAGUCGCCAGGUGAUUUGAUUCGCGAGCGUUAUCUUAUACAGGAAGCCUCGUCCGAUAAUCUCGAUAAAUUUCAGGGCCAGCCUUCUUCAUUAAAGGAUGAAAAUGAAACAAAAGACAAGCUUGCUAGUGAAGUAAUAAUUGAAAUGGACUUGGAUUUUACUAAUAACAGCAUCCGUCGCUUAAGUAUACCACAAUGUCCCUCGUUUCAUGAUAUAUGUGAGGAUAUUUCGUCUGACAAAAUUGACGAUGACCUCAACGCAGGUGAACUAAGGCGUCGGGCUUCACUUAUUCAAGAGCAAGAACAAGAAAUUCUCAAUCAAUUGCAGAAGUCUGCGUCUGGCACUUUCCAGCUUAUUCAUCUUGAAAGACGUGAUAGUCACGACAGCACGGCCGAGGAAGGACAUCGUCAAUCAACAAAGAAACGUACUUCGAAAAAGGGGAAAAAGAUUAGACACAAAAUUACAGCUGUCGUUGAGGUGGAAAAUUCACCUCUUCUUCCGGUACUUCAAGAGAAAGAUGAAUUGACUACUACGACACCGGGGAAGGACUCAUCCCCUAAACCUAAGUUCACCUUCAAUGUUGAAUCGGUUGAAGAGCAUCACGAAAUUCAUAAAGUCUUUAAGUUACCUAAGAGAAAAAGUGUUAAAAAGGUGAUGAAAACAAAAACAGUCGCUUUGCCUGAAGGAUUUAUGCAGGCAAGUCCAAAAGCAAAAAUUCAGUCCAAUGCAAAGUCUCCGACGAAAAAAGGCACGUUCACCAGCACGGCAGAGAUUUUCACAUUUGAACCCUCGAGUGUAGACUCGUAUUGGGCAAAUAAAGAACGUGAUAACGUAGGGGCAAUUGUAAGUCCGAAGUUUCAAAAUGACGCUAAAGACGAAUCGAAUUCCACCACCCAGUCUUUUGAAUCACCUAAAUUAACCAUUUCAGAAACAACGGCUUCAUUGCAUUCCUCAUCAGAAAAUCAAAGCACUCAUAUAAAAGAACUUGUCCUUCCCAACGAAAUAAAGAUCGAAACUACAAAACCUUCAAAAAUUGGAUUACCAAAGGUUUUACCAAAAAUAGUAAAUGAAGCCAAGAAAAACCCCAUUGAAAAGUCAGACAGCGGAAUUGAUUUUUGGUCUGAAAUUGGGAAUCGUGAAUCAGUAUACAUGACAAACCGAAAGAAGGGGCAACUUGAGAGCCAAUGGAAAAAAUGCGAAGAACUUUUGGAAUCCCAAGCUGUGGAAGAUGUAAGCAAUAUAAAAGAAAUAAAAUCUGCCGUAACAGCACAGAAAAACGAAGCUCUAAAGAAAGCGGAUCAAGAUAUGGCAAAAGCAAACGACAAAGGCGUGGUAGGAAGAUCUCAAUCUACAGAAUCUACAAUGUCUGAUAAGGUUAACAAAGGCCAAAAGAACUUGAAUUUGUUAGGAAAAACGGAACAACAAGCGAUUACUAAAAACUCAGCGGCAACUGCACAAAAAUCUUUAAUCGAACAAAAACUUAAAACCGAAAAUUUAGCAACAACAUCAACAACGAGCUCUCUGACAGCCGCGACGACUGCAACAAGCACCGCGACCAAAAUAAAUUCUGGGCAAGUCGCCAAGUCACCUGCACAACAACCGAACAAAUUUACGACACUAUUGAAGAACGACAACGAAAGCAACAUCAAAUUAGAUAAAGCGAAAUUAUUCAUUAGCCAAACCGACACAAAAACUACGAAAGCACAAACACAAAUACCAACUACACCGAAAUCAAUCACAACAUCGGCUAAUAACAUUUUGAAAGAGGGCAAACUAUGGCCAGAAGUUAAUGAACCACAAGCAAUCGGCGCAGUAACUGAAACCAGAACAACGUCAUCAGUUGCCGAAAGCUGUAGGCCGGAAAUAAAAGUGGUGGGACAAAAUGAAGCAUUGUCGGCUAUCUCGACUUCAGUACCACCUGUAUCGACUGAGUCCACCUCCUCUACCUCCUCCACCGCUAGUGGUACGAAGCCAAAAACUGCCCCUAAAGCAAUAGCAACAAAAGAAAAAACUAUGCCAACAACUGUUGCCAAAUCAAAAGCGUCCCCACGAAGUGAGCCGGUGACACCCAUCAAUGCCGAUCAAUUCAUUUCGAUUGCACCCCCAAAGACUACGACGUCACCAACAAAAACCAAAACGACGUCACCACAAAACAUAAAAGCAAAGGCAAAGGCAACAAUAGCGAUAAACAAAAAUGUGAACGAGAAAGUGGCCAAAACAAAAAUAUCGCCAAAAACAACAACCGUAAUAGCCACAGUAGCAACAUCGCCCACAACAAUAGCAUCCACACACGAAGUAGCGACAACAGCUGCCGUCGCUAUUACUGCAACUACAUCGUCGACGACAAAGCUACCAGUCAGCUCGUCUACGCAGUCGUCCACAUCCCCAGAGAACCCAACAGCUGCAACCGUCUCGCCAAUAGUGGUCGCUACAGAAUCGUUGGCGCACCGCAAAAGUCACGAAGAUGCUGACGACGACGAGAAGAAUCCCCAACAAAAGGCACACGCGCCAAAUAAUUUAUCAAAAUUCGCAACAGUACAGAAUUUGGCGCAGUGUUUACAAGACGUCGACGCCGAUCUAGAAGACUACAUACCGUCAUCUGCGGAAAAUAGCGAUGACGAGGACAGUUCAUACAAUUACUCCAGUGCGGACGGUUGUGAUUAUCAAAAUUUGAGUGCAAGCAUGAAGAAAAAACUGCGACAACGGCGCAAAAAAGAGAAACUGGCCGAACAGGCUCGUUUCGAUCCCCAAAAGAAAAUUAAAAUCGAUCCCUCCAACAAGUGUUAUGUGAAAGAAGAGGCGCCGCGUUACCCGCUUGUCGCGACACCGCGUCCACUAUGGAAACGUGAAAAACCAGUGUAUCCUGACGGAGAUUCCGAUGACGAGAGUGGUGACAGUGAUGAGACCGGUUCGGGAAGUGAAGAAACCGAAGACAGUGAAGAGUGCACUACGUCCGAGGAAUACGAGGACGACUUGAGCACCAAUACCAGUGGAGCGCUCACAGGCAGCAGCAAUGUGUCUAAGGAGAAUUCCGCUAUUAUACGAUUAAGUACCUGCAGCAAUGAUUCGGGUUUUGAAGGCGGCACUGCGCCAUCUAGUCCCAAAAAAAUGCUUGAAACGUCGUACACCUAUUCCCAAUUUCAAAAGUCGGGGCGUUUCACGGCGCCAGCUACCGUUAUACCACGUUUCAAAAACUAUUCGGUAGAUGAUUUCCACUUCCUAGCUGUGUUGGGCAAAGGCAGUUUCGGCAAGGUGCUGCUGGCUGAGCUGCGCGACACCACUUACUACUACGCCGUCAAGUGUUUGAAGAAAGAUGUCGUUCUCGAGGAUGACGAUGUCGAUUCAACCUUAAUCGAACGCAAAGUGCUGGCAUUGGGCACCAAACAUCCGUAUCUGUGUCACCUGUUUUGCACAUUUCAAACGGAGAGCCACUUGUUCUUUGUAAUGGAGUACCUUAAUGGUGGGGAUCUAAUGUUUCACAUACAGGAGAGUGGUCGGUUUCCCGAAGAACGUGCACGUUUUUACGGAGCCGAAAUCAUAUCUGGUUUGAAGUUCCUUCACAAAAAAGGAAUAAUUUAUAGAGAUCUGAAGUUGGACAACGUGCUAUUGGACUUUGAAGGUCACGUUCGCAUUGCCGACUUCGGCAUGUGCAAAUUGCAAAUCUACCUCGACAAGACCGCCGACAGCUUCUGCGGUACACCCGAUUAUAUGGCGCCCGAAAUCAUUAAGGGCGAAAAGUAUAAUCAAAACGUGGAUUGGUGGUCCUUUGGUGUCUUGCUCUACGAAAUGUUGAUUGGGCAAUCGCCGUUCAGUGGUUGCGAUGAGGAUGAAUUAUUCUGGUCGAUUUGCAAUGAGAUUCCCUGGUUUCCUGUUUACAUAUCUGCAGAAGCUACGGGUAUUUUGAAAGGGCUACUUGAAAAGGAUUACACAAAACGCAUUGGAUCUCAAUACAGUCCCGCUGGCGACAUAAGCGAGCACAUAUUCUUCAGACCCAUCGAUUGGGACCUGCUAGAAAAACGACAAUUACCGCCACCUUUCAAACCCCUUGUGAAACAUCCAUUGGAUACUCAAUACUUUGAUCGAGUUUUCACAAAAGAGCGUGUGCGCUUGACUCCCAUCGAAAAGGAUAUUCUGCAUUCAAUGGACCAGAAGCCGUUCUUGGGUUUCACAUAUACCAAUCCACACAUAACUCUAGAUUAAGUUAAACGCGCACACGCAUAUAGUCAAGCAGGAAUAUAAUUUAUUUACAAAGUUAAUAUAAGGACACACAAGAAACCCAACAAUAGAACUUCGGGAAUCAUAUAGUUACAUAUGUAUAUAUGGGAUUGCGAAAAUAUUAGAUUAUAACCCAAAGUUAGUUUCUCACCAGUAUUUAAAAGUAAACAAUUUAGACUAAGCGGGCUUAUUAAAUAUAAUAUAUUUUAGUAUAAGAAAUUGAAAUAAAAUUAAAUAAGUACAGAUGUUCAAAGUGUACUACUCACCGUGCCCAUCCAACUAUUGUGAAGUCUCUCGAUCAACAAUUGAAACCAUUGUUUUUGUGAUGCGGACCGCAAUAUAUUUUUAAAAGAUAAGCAGUUACGAUACACACUUAUUUCUAGACCUUAUUGUUAUUCUGAUUAGAUUUAGUACUGAAUGAUCGCACAAGUGGUGUUUCGGUUAACGUCCCAGAACGUAAGUGAUGCAACGAGCUAGAGCUUAGCUAAUCAAACUAGGGUUAUCAUAAUCAAUCGUUUCUACGUAUUCUUGUGGACACACAUGUCUUUGUAGAUUUAUUGUAUUUACACACAGAUAUAAACUUAAUUUGUAAGUAGUGAACCAGAGAAAAAUAAUAAAAAUUAUAAAACUGAAA